UUGAUUCAUAUCCUCCGAGGUUAAUCAUCCGACAGCAAAAUUCUCCUGAUGCUCCGAUGGUCUCCGGCACGCGUUGUUUCCUAUCAGUUGCUUCCGCUUCUCUAUACUCGUUGCUUCUCCGAAGCCUCGAGAACCUUGCGCCGCGAGCUUCGAGGAGGAAACGGGCGAAUUCGACCCGAAUUACUCGAGCGGGUCUCUCGUUUGCUCGUGCUUGGCAGGUACGAAGCAUUACAUGAUCUAUCUCUCGAUUUCUCAGAUGAACUUCUCAAUUCCAUCCUCCGUAGAUUGAGGCUUAAUCCAGAGGCAUGUGUCGAGAUUUUUAAUUUAGCUUCAAAGCAACAAAAGUUCCGGCCUGAUUACAAGGCUUAUUGUAAAAUGGUUCACAUCUUGUCCAGAGCUAGAAAUUACGGUCAGACAAAAUCGUAUCUAUGUGAACUGGUUGCUCUUAAUCACUCGGGCUUCGUUGUCUGGGGGGAGCUUGUUCGGGUUUUCAAGGAAUUUUCCUUCUCUCCUACAGUCUUUGACAUGAUACUGAAAGUUUAUGCAGAGAAGGGUAUGGUUAAGAACGCUUUACAUGUGUUUGACAACAUGGGAAAGUAUGGAAGAAUUCCUAGUUUGUUGUCUUGUAAUAGCUUGUUGAGCAAUUUGGUCAAGAAAGGUGAAAACUUUGUGGCUUUACAUGUUUAUGAUCAGAUGAUUAGCUUUGAGGUUUCUCCGGAUGUGUUUACUUGCAGUAUUGUUGUUAAUGCUUACUGUAGAUGUGGGAAAGUGGAUAAAGCCAUGGCAUUUGCGAAAGAAAUGGAUAAUUCAUUGGGUUUGGAGCUGAAUGUGGUAACUUGCAAUAGUUUGAUCAAUGGAUAUGCUAUGAUCGGAGAUGUUGAGGGAAUGACAAGAGUAUUGCGUUUGAUGUCUGAGAGAGGGGUUUCUAGGAACGUUGUUACGUUUACGUCGUUGAUUAAGAGUUAUUGUAAAAAGGGUUUGAUGGAAGAAGCGGAACAGGUGUUUGAAUUGGUAACGGAAAAGAAACUUGUUCCGGAUCAGCAUAUGCACGGUGUGUUGAUAGAUGGAUAUUGUCGUAAUGGUCGAAUCUGUGAUGCCGUUAGGGUUCAUGAUUAUAUGAUUGAGAUGGGAGUAAGAACAAAUACAACCAUUUGUAACUCCUUGAUCAAUGGGUAUUGCAAAUCUGGUCAAUUAGUCGAAGCGGAACAAAUACUUACUCGGAUGAAUGAUUGGAGCUUGAAACCAGAUCAUCAUACAUACAAUACCCUUGUGGAUGGGUAUUGCCGGGCUGGUCAUGUUGACGAGGCUUUAAAGCUUUGUGGUCGAAUGUGCCAAAAAGAAGUUGUACCAACAGUUAUGACUUACAAUAUUCUUCUUAAAGGUUAUAGUCGGAUUGGUGCUUUUCAUGAUGUUUUGAGCCUUUGGAAGAUGAUGCUAAAAAGAGGCGUAACUGCCAAUGAGAUUAGUUGUAGCACCCUACUCGAAGCAUUGUUCAAGCUUGGCGAUUUUGAUGAAGCUAUGAAGCUGUGGGAGAAUGUCUUAGCAAGAGGUCUAUUGACGGAUACGAUAACCUUAAAUGUAAUGAUCAGUGGACUGUGUAAAAUGGAGAAGGUCAAUGAAGCCAAAGAGAUUCUAGAUAACGUGAACAUUUUCAGAUGUAAGCCAGAUGUGCAAACAUAUCAAGCGUUGAGCCAUGGGUAUUAUAAUGUCGGAAAUUUGAAAGAAGCUUUCGCGGUUAAAGAUUUUAUGGAAAAGAAAGGAAUCUUCCCCACCAUAGAAAUGUAUAACACUCUGAUAUCUGGUGCUUUCAAGUAUAAACACUUGAAUAAAGUAGCGGAUCUUGUGAUCGAGCUACGCGCAAGAGGAUUAACUCCUACUGUUGCUACAUAUGGGGCUCUUAUCACCGGCUGGUGCAAUAUUGGAAUGAUAGAUAAAGCCUAUGCUACAUGUUUCGAGAUGAUAGAGAAAGGGAUUACCUUAAAUGUGAAUAUUUGCAGCAAGAUUGCAAACAGUUUGUUUCGGCUUGAUAAGUUUGACGAGGCUUGUUUGCUAUUGCAGAAGAUUGUGGAUUUUGAUCUGCUUCUUCCUGGUUACCAGAGCUUGAAGGAGUUUCUUGAGCCUAGUGCUACAACAUGUCUUAAAACACAAAAAAUUGCUGAGUCUGUCGAGAAUAGUACUCCUAAGAAGCUCUUAGUUCCCAAUAACAUUGUUUACAAUGUUGCUAUCGCAGGUCUCUGUAAAGCUGGGAAACUCACGGAUGCUCAAAAACUCUUCUCGGAUUUACUAUCCAGUGAUAGGUUUAUUCCAGACGAAUACACAUACACGAUCCUAAUACAUGGAUGUGCUAUUGAUGGUGAUAUAAACAAAGCCUUUAACCUGAGGGAUGAGAUGGCUCUAAAAGGUAUUAUCCCGAACAUUGUUACAUACAAUGCUUUGAUAAAAGGCUUGUGCAAGUUGGGGAAUGUAGAUCGUGCUCAGAGGCUUUUACGUAAGCUUCCACAGAAGGGCACAACACCUAAUGCUAUUACCUAUAACACAUUGAUUGAUGGACUGAUUAAAAGUGGUGAUGUUGCUGAAGCUAUGCGCUUAAAAGAAAAAAUGAUUGAGAAAGGCUUGGUUAGAGGAUCCUAUAAACAAGGGGAUGUUGACAAACCGAAGGAGGUUUUGGAUCCGGGAGUUAAAUUGGGGAUCACAGGAGUGACAGAAAUGAAUUCGAAUGAGCAUUAUGAUGAUAGGAUAGUUUCUGAAGCAUGCGUAUGAUGAUGAAAAAAAUCCUUACCUCUUGUAAAACCCUUCGAAACAUCACUAUGAGUGAUGGGUAACAGGAAAGGAGGCUACUAAGAAUCUCCUCCAUUGUUGUGGUAUGAUUGUAUACUUCAAGGAAACAGUGUAUCGUCUCAAGAUCAUAUGAAAAUUGUGAUCGUCAGCUCAAAAUCCAUCACUUGGAUUCAAAUUUGUCGGCCUUUUCUUCUGAUCCUUGACGUCCUUAAGAUAUGAGACAUCACAUUCAUGGAGCCUGAAGUUUCGAGCGGCCUCAGGUUUAUUGAUAAAGGGCAAACGAUCGAUAUCAGUCAGUGGUUUUUGAUAAGCUGAUCAACAGAUCAAACCAGUAAGCUCUCCAUCUCACGGUAGUUCUUGUUCCUUCCAAAGCCAGAUAAGACUCUGUGAUCAUAUAUAUGUACCAUAUAAUGUUGGAUGUAACAAAUGUGAUUGAUUAAUAAGUAAGUUGCUUCAGAUCAACACAAGCUAUUGAUUUAAAUUGACGAGCCAA